AUGAUAUUGUUAAACAUUAGAUCUCAUAUUGAAACUAUUGUACGUCGUAAUAUUGAAUAUUUAACAAAACAUCAGUUUCUAUUUCCAGGAGCUGACAUUCCUGCUGCAAUCUAUUAUCAAACGAACAACAAUCAGCAUCAGAAUAAAUUAACAUUGUGUCUGCACGUCGACGGAGCUCCUCUUGUUCGUACUUCCAAACAAUCAUUAUGGCCAUGUUUUGCCAGCAUCGUCGAGCUACCUCAAUUCCUUCGUGAACAACAGAAAAAUUUGAUCGUCUUAGCAUUGUGGAGUGCCAGAGAAAAGCCAAACGUCAGCAUCUACCUCCACAAACUUGUUAUUGACAUAUCAAAUUUAAUGGAAGAUGGGAACUAUAGUACGGAAUUUUCUCAAGUUCUGUAUCCAUAUGCACAAUACCAAUUUGUGCCUCGUACACAUCAGCAGUUCUUGGCAACGGCGGAGCAAGCGGCUAUUAUCAACCACGAUGGUAGAAGACAUGAAAUUACUAUUGACGGUGUAAAAGGAUUAUCAAAACUGUUAGAAAUAAUUGAAUAUCCAACGCAAGUGAUAUAUGAUUAUAUGCAUCUCGUAUGUUUAGGAACUACAAUGAAUCUGAUUAAAAGAUGGCAAAAAUUAAUUGAGAAAAAUAACGUCACUAUCAUCGAUCAAAAACUUCACUCAGUUAGAUUACCACACAAUCUUAACACUCCAUUUAUUCAUUCAAUUACAUCACCAAACGAUUGGAAAGCCAAAAAUUUUAGAACAUUUGUGCUCUACAUUGGAUUACCAAUUAUUAUUUCCUAUUUGCCUAUUCUCCAUGCCAGUCACUUUGCCAGUUACUGUAUAGUUAUAAGAAUUUUACAUUGUCCAAUCGAUUCAAAUGAAAUACAAUUUGCUGAAGAUUUAAUCCAUUAUUUUUGUCGUACUGCUGCGUCUGUAUAUGAUCAAGGUUUAGAAUUAUACUCAGUCCAUUGUCAUUUACAUCUUCCCUCACAAGUACGUCAACAUGGAGGCUUGGCAUUUUGUUCAGCCUUUUGUUUUGAAUCUGCCAUUCGUUCAGUACCAAAUAAAGAUGCACUACCUUCAUCAGUUACGACAGUGACACCGGUUAAUAAUCAAUCGAAAAAUCAAGCAACCGCGUCGAAAGCACAAGGAACAGCUGCAACGUCGUCUGUUAACCGUUUAGCUGGAAAAACUGUCUUGUCACCAGAAGCACUGAAUGAGCAAAUUCUGAAGAAGAUUGUACAUUCGUCUAUUCAAUUGGCAAUGACAGAAUUUAGCAAUGAUACUCAGAAAAAGCUGAAUCAAAUUGUAACAACACAAAAGAAGCAUGAUACGAUGUUUCAACUAUUAUUUAAAAACCAAGUCAAGAUACAAAAGACGUUUAGUCAUCGUAAUAUUCACAUUCCAUUAGAACAACCAGAAGGUGAGCCAGAACAAGAGGGGCAGGAAACAUCGGAAGAAAAAUUUGAAACAGCUGUAUUUUGCGAACGUGGUGGGGAGCAAAUUAAUCUAUUGACAUUAGAAGCUGAUUCAAAUUAUAUGAAUCUAUAUGUUACAAUGAUGAUGGAUGUCGUUUAUGCUAAUGCCGAGGAGAUUAUUCAUUUAGAGACAUUUGGUAUUCAACAAAACAAAGAAGCUGUUCGAUCUCGUUUUAAAUUAAAUAAAAAGAAAUUUGAUCAAGUAUGGCCAAGGCUUCACGAUGUGUUUUUACAAAAACGUCGAAAUUUAUCAAAAGCCUACAAUAAUCAGCCUUCAACACCAUCUCCAAUUCGUCGACAAGUAAUGAGAUCACGAUUUCGUCGUUCAGGUUUAAAUAUUGAGUCAUUAUAUGCUUCAACCAAAACAACAACUGCUUAUAGUAUAAAAGAGGAAGAAGCAAACUCAUAUGAAAGCAACGAAUUAAGAGAAGAAGAGCACUAG